AUGGAUUUAUGUCCAGUACGACUCGGUUCACGCAGUUGGCCAAAACCAACAAAACAAAAUGAUCAUCCGGCAGCUUUAAAGCGCGCCAUCCUCCUGAGAGUUACUGACAGGCGGACCAAUCGAUCGAUACAGCCAGGUAUUGAACAAACUAAUCAAAUCACUCAGAAAAAAGUCACCUUUCCGAGAAAUUUGCAAAUCAAUUUGGUUUUCUCGGGAGACUCAAUCGAAUCUCUCGUUUAUGAUGUCCUCCAGCUGAUUGUGCUGCACACAGACCGCCUCAUGAUUCAGUUGGCACGAUAUUCGAGAUAUCGACCCUUGGAGUCAACUCGCCAAUGGUUGAUGACACUGGUGGACAUAGAUAAACUGCGCAAAGGAGCUGAUCGGACAGCGGCCCGAAUUGGGGUAAAGAACAAACUUCGGGGUAGUGGGUAUCCAGCCAGCUUGAUUAGGCGUCAGUUGCGAAGGGUGUUGGUACCGGUAGCGAAACCCAACAGGGCAUGGAUCGGAACAGCUGUUAUUCCAUAUAUACCAGGGACAUCGGAUGUGAUUCCAAGAAUUCUAAACACGGCCAACAUUAGACUUUAUAGAGGGGGAACACUGCGUUCUGCACUGGUGCAAUUGAAGGAUCUCCUGCCGGCAAACAGAACCAGGGACUGUUUCUACAAAAUCAAGUGUAAUGACUGCACCAAGGUCUAUAUAGGACAGACGGUCAGCGAACUACACAUCAGAGUUGGAGGGCAUAGUAGAAAAAUAAACACGCUGCCGUGA